AUGGCGGAGGAGCCGUGGAACAGGGUGGAUAUUCCUCCCCCGGGCGCUGUGUCGUGUGUUCGUAUGCGUUUGGAUCGCAGAACAGGCGCAAUUGUUAAAAGCCUUCGUGCGGAAAAUGAUAAAGUCGCCAAGCUGCUGGAGAGCGAGAUCCUGCAAACGGAGAUACGGCUGCUGUAUGAGCUGCUGUAUAUUCUGCACAACAGUUAUGCGAAGAAUAAGACUUUCAGGGUCUUAAAACAGGUUGAGCAGUGCAUCAACAGGUUGAAGGAGAUGAAGCUGCACAUGGCCUUUCGAGACCUGACUGAUCUGUGUCCAACACAGUUACAAAGAGAACUGGCGAUUGAAGCUGGCGAGUGUAGCUUGCCCAGUCAGCCUAUGUUGGAGUGGCUCUGUCUCAAAGUGCUGGGAGCUGCCAAACUAAUGAGCUGUACAAUAAAUCACUGCAGCAGAGCCUUCAUACUUGUGAAGCAGCAUCUUGGAUCCGAGCAGUUCGUUGUCUUGAAUGUGGUGUUGGCCAGCAUGCUCAGUCGUCUAUGGGCAUUUUUCCGGGGUAUCCUGGCAAACCUGGCCCCUCUGUACCAGCUGAUUCUGCAGCUGCUCAAAGAGGUUUCCUGCAGUCGGCCCAUGCCUUUCCUUACAAAUUUCUCCCUGCCGGCAGACAUGGCUCAGUUCCUUGGGACCUCUGAUGCUUUUUUACUGACCAUGCAGCCGCCCAAGGGCCCGUCGGCUGCCAAGUCCUCUCAGCCGGACAGCCAUCAGAAAAGUAAGAUGCAGCGGAAGAGAAACUCCAAAACCACCGCUGAGGCAAGGAGACGGAAGACACAAGAAGACCUUGGAGUCCCCAUCCAAAGAGAUGAAGUUUAUGACAUCGAUGCAAAGUCGUUGCUUCAGGGCCUCACUAAUUUUACAAAGGUGUCCAAGUCUUCCUCAAAGGAGACACAAGGGGUUAGGCAGAAACAAAAGUUCCAGAAGCAAGUGAGAGCAGCCAGUACUUUCACGGAUAUAGCGACCCACAUGGAGGACAUGAUCACCUGGUGCAAAUCCCAGAACUUGAAGCGGGAAAAGCGAUAUCUGUCAUUCUUGUACUUGAAGUGCCAAAAGAGGAAAUCUCUCGAGUCAGCCGGUUACAAACUCCGGAGGAAAUUGAGGAGCUUCAAACAGGAGGCUUGCUGGGCCUCGUCUCCCAGAGGAUCGGUCCCCAGGACCCUGCUUCCAAUUACUACACUGUGGAGGAGUUAUCAGCGCAGAACUCGUUGCCAGUUGCUUAAGACCCGAUAUAGGUCCACAACAGUCCGAGUUGGCGCCAAAAGAAAACGGGUGGAAAGCCAAAGGGAGAGGACUGGGUUAUUGGUGCCUGAGGGUCACACUAAAACUCGGGACAUCAGAGCUUCAACUGACACAACACCUCAGACCUCUGCUUGUGGGAAACAAGAUGAAAUAGAUGAUAUAUUUUCCUCCAUGGGAUUCUGACAUUGAUUUAUGAUGGGAUUGCAUCCAGCGCUUUACCUUUGCCCCCAUCCAUAGGGUUAGUGGUUGUGUCAGGAAGGGCAUCCGACGUAACAUUUUGCCAAAUCAGUAUGCCGAUUGACAAGACCAUUCCGGAUCGGUCGAGGCCGAUAUAACUUUCGCAUUUUUUGGAUUAUCAAAAUUAUUUUAAUAACUUUUGGUCAUGUCACCGCACGAUUUGAAUCGACCAUAGAUUUGAGUCGCGCAUGCGUACACAGCGACAGAGCGCAGUGUUGGUCGAGCAAGCUAGAGAGUGAAUGAAGAGAGUGAGCGGCAAAAGCAAAAACAAAGUUUUUCGAAGGUUUUUGAUCACCGCAACCACGAGAGGUUCUUCAUAAUACGGCCAUUACUGUACACAAAAUGCUUUAGGCUGAUAGGUCCAGUAGUUUGCGAGAUUAGCCGCAGAUACACGCGCGUGCGACCAAAUGUAAUAAUCCCUUCCAUACUAUCCGCCUGGUGGGGAUAGUAAACAAAGUGGAUAUACUCAAGCGAUGUAACUGUCCAUCCAUCCAUUAUCCA